AUGCUUGACCCUCUGCCAGACUCUGAAUCAAACAGAGACGUUGUUGCCGAGCAAGGCCAAACCGACGACGGCCCUGACUCUCAACAAGCUCAGGCCCAUCCGCAUCUGCACCACCGCCCGAUCCAGAGCCAUACAUCUACGCCUGCUUCUACACUCACUCCUCUCUCUUCUCAUGCUGAUGCUUCUCUUCCUACUCAUACUCCUUCUCAAUCGCUACCGCCUUCACACCCCUUGCCCCUGCCUGCUGCGACACCGCUUCACACCACUGCGCCAACCCAACCAGGCACACCUGCACAGUCUACUGAUAUAAAGACCCGACCUGGUCGCCCCGUGCCCGUUGUCGCCGCCAAUCCCGGCUCAAAUCCAAUUCCAUCCUCACGUCCACCUGCUGCCCCCUCGCUCCUCUCGCAGGCUCUAGCCACUGCCCGCGGUAUACCGACCAAGCCUGCAUCAUCACAGCCCGACAGCACAGACAAACAUCGACGCACGACGGCUCAGCAGUCCGUAACGGUACCGCAACCCGCUAGAGACACCAGCAGCAUUGUCGACACUGCCGACACCACGCCAGAGCAGACCCCCCAAAACUCCGACAAUGAGAAGCUCUUGCAACAUGGCGAACCAGCGAGCUCGAUAACAUCCCGCGACAUCAGCAUGGAAUCAAAAUCCGCCAUGGCUGCUCCUUCUGCACCCUCCAUGGCGGCGCCGUUUGCUGGCCGCGAUGCCAUGCCCGGCACCGCCUCCUUCCACGACCAAACAAUUGCACAAAUCCGCGAGUCGCUCAUGGAACACAGAGACUUCCUCGACCGGACGCGUGGCCGUACAUCCUCCUCCCUCGACAUUGACCGCAAGACUUUUGAGCUGCCCUCAGACCACCCCUUUUCCUACUCUACGACCCCCGACGAUUUGACUGCCACCACGUCGGCCUACUACUUUGACCGCACGACUACAUCCCCCUCGAAAUUGCGAGACGCCGUCACCGCAUCCGAACCACGCCAGCAGAACCGCCAGAAUGGCCACGACCAUCGCCACGUAACUGGUUCCGACAAGACGGAGAAGAUUUGGUCCAUUGGUACAGGCGAGGGUAACGAGGAAGACGGCCUCGUUGAGAAAUCUGUUGCCGAGGCUAUGGCUGGCGUCGAACCCAAUGCCCGUAGCCGUAAAGCCAGUUACAGUUUGCGCUUCUUCAAAGAGGCCUUACCAGACGAGGAGAAGCCCCGCCGUAAAGAUACAAAGGUCGCUCGCGACAAACUGACACCGACGACGGAAGAAACUGAGCACGCUGUUUUCGAGUCUUCUAGCGUCUCGGAUGUGGCGACGGGUGACGAAGAGCCGCUCACACAGCAACAACAGUCACAGAAAGUGGACAAGAAGACACCGAGCGAAACUACACACGACACUGAUUCUAUUGAUUAUUUUAAUAACGAGCAGGACGACGUCGCCGGCGACGAGACACCUGUUGUGCGAGCCUCCGACGACACACAAACAGACGCCGAUUCUGUGCCGCCACUUCAUGUGGGGCCGGAGCCGGAGCCCGUCGGCGCACCUGAUCAGCUGCCUUCGCCGAGCACGCCGAAAGGUCGCGACUCCUGCGACAGUGGCGACGGCGAUGCAGACGAGUCUGGCGAGGAGAAAAUUUCCUCCGCCGUCUUCGUGCCGCAUCAGGAACUGAGCGACGACCCCAGAGACGAGGUGGAGAGCCCCAACCCUGAGCAUGCCCAGCGCCCUCGAGCCCCGUCCCAGAAUCAACCUCACCCUUGGCUUGUCAAGGCCGAUGAGCCGGAACCCGAAAUUAGAGAGGACGAUCCCAAGCCGUACGAAUUGGUGCAUAGGCGCUCACGCGAAAACCUCCUACCUAGACGCGUUGAACAAGAAACUGUCCAGCUCGAUUCACUCCGCCCGAUCGAAGUCGAUAUUGAAACCAAGACGGCGAAAUCGACUGGCAAAUCUUCUCGUAUCAUCACGCCACAUGAGGAUUAUACUCAAGAUCACACGCAUUCUCAUACCAAAGAGCCACUCGAGGCGAUUGAGCUCAUUCCCUACAAACACCAGGUCGGCGGACACACAACACUCUGGCGCUUCUCUCGACGCGCCGUGUGCAAGCAGCUGAAUAACCGAGAAAACGAAUUCUACGAAACCAUUGAGAGAUUUCACCGGGAUCUGUUGCCGUUUCUGCCUCGAUAUAUUGGCGUCUUGAACGUGACUUUCCAGAAGCAGCCAAGACGGAAAAGCGUCUCCAAAAAGGAAGAGCAAGCUGCAGCAGAGCGUAAGAAGCUUCAGGAUGCUGCGGCUGCGGAAGAGCUCGCCGCCAACAAUGGUGCUGAGCCAUCAGGUGUCUCGAACGGUAUCGGCCCCAACGGAGUAAAUCCGAGCAGGGUCGUUAGCCAGUCACUUGCCAACUCAGCCUUGCAAAUACCCACAGUCACAUUUGAUGACAACAGGCAUAUCCUCCCACGCAGCCUGUUGCAGCCAACACCGCCGCCGGAUUAUUUCCGAAGAAACAGCGCUUCGGCAACCAAAAUAUCACCCCAAGCCUCAUGGACCACAAGCCAACGACCCUUCCUUGACAACAGACCCAACAGCUGGGGCGCAACCACAAUUAACAAGCGACUCCGCAACGAAGUGUUCAACGACGCAUUUCUCAAGCAGCCGGUCGAAAUUCAGAAGCACCGGCGUCCUCACCAACGCUCUAUCCCUCGACCGACUUUGCAACGAUUAAUUCGCCCAAGCAACUCUGAUCCGAACCUGAGCCGAGCCCGGCCAGUUGAGAAAAGACUGCCAUCACAGACUACCCCUGCUCCACCGCCGCCUUCGAUGCCUACGGAGACGAAGAGCGAUCUGGGUGAGCCGAGUUUACAACUCGUUUCUGCUGAACCUGAGCCAGAAAAGGAUGUUGUGGACGUCACCGGUACAAGUGCACCUGAGCCAGAAAUUUUGAAGAACAAUCCUCUCGCUGCUAAGAAGAAGCGACGAUACUCUGCUGGUGGUCUUCGCAGAAGGCCGCAAGACGUACGCGAGUCAAGAGGCAACCUCAAGUAUUUCGAGGAGGCAGACGACGCCGAUUACCAUGGCGAGAAUGGCAAGGCAAACAAGGAAAAUGGCAAAGCUUCAUCUGAAACGAAUGGCAAGUACGAAAAUGGCGAGGAAGAGGGCAUGUUUGAAUCCGAUAUUGUGAAUUCCUCGCACGACACUCGGAAUAUUGAUCUUUCACACUCUACGGCGUGCUCGACGGUCGCCUCGGAGCUCCCUAGCCCAACAGUCGAAUUCAGGAAGAUCCCGCGACCGGUGAAUCCCAAGGAGGCCAAAUCGCAGCGUGACCGCAUCGAGUACUUUUUGCUGCUCGAAGAUCUCACUGCGGGGAUGAAGCGCCCGUGCAUGAUGGACUUGAAGAUGGGUACGCGGCAGUAUGGCGUGGAGGCUACGCCGAAGAAGCAAAAGUCGCAGUCGGAAAAGUGCCGGACGACUACCUCCCAAGAGCUGGGUGUGCGUAUCUGCGGUCUGCAAGUCUGGAACAACAGGACACAAAGCUACGACUUUCAGGACAAGUACUUUGGCCGCAGGGUCAAGGCCGGUGCCGAGUUUCAAGGCGCCCUGCAAAAGUUUCUCUACAAUGGCGUUGAUCUGCAGAGCAUUCUGCGCCACAUCCCGGUCAUUCUCCGCAAGCUGACCCAGCUGGAGCACAUUGUGCAGGGCCUGCGCGGCUACCGAUUCUACGCGGCCAGCCUGCUCAUGUUUUACGACGGCGACCUGUCUGACGACGGUGGCGGGGAUGAAACGGCGUACGAAUCGGCCACGGACGCGGCCACGGACACGGAAGAGGCAGCGCCGCGGCGGCGCAAGCGAAAUUUGAAGGAGGUGGACUUCAAGGUGGCUGAUUUUGCCAACAGCGUGACGCCGUUUGACAACAUUGACGACAAGCCGUGCCCGCCGCAGCACCCGGGCGAGGCGGACGGCGGGUUCCUCAAGGGCCUGCACAGCCUGAAGAUGUACUUUUUGCAGAUUCAGCACGAUGUGCGUGACGAGCUCGGCCUGGAUCCGCUGGGCCGGGGCGUGCUCGAGCUGCAGGACCUGGAGGCGCUGCACAUUGAUGAGGACCUGGGCAUGGUCAGCGUCUAA